GAGCGCUGGGGUGACGGCGUCGCUCCGCUGUCCAUUGCAGGAGUCUCGCCUCCCCAUAACCUAGCGGGUCUCUCAGGCCCCGGCCUGCACUGUGCACCACCACAUCGUGCUUAACAUGGCCGUUCGUUCUGGGAGCGGCCGUGCGCGCUAAGAGCCGGACGGAGGUUCGGAGCCAGGGACUGCUCCCGGCAUUCCUUGCGGGUGUGGCGUAGGCUCCCUUCCCCAACCUCCGGGACCACGAGAGAGGGACCUUCGGGCUUUGAGGUGAUACUCGAGGCUCUGCCGGCCGGAACUGUGGCGUGGAAGGGCAGGGUCAUCCUGGACUGGACGGUAGCAUGGCCCAGGGCUUGACUGAGGUGGAGCGAAAGUUCGUCCCUGGGCCUGGCACAGAGGAGCGGCUGCAGGAGUUGGGGGGCACCCUGGAGCACCGGAUCACCUUCCGAGACAGCUACUAUGACACCCCUGAGCUGAGCCUCAUGAGGGCUGACCACUGGCUGCGGCAGCGAGAGGGUAGUGGAUGGGAGCUUAAAUGUCCUGGAGUAGCAGGUGUCUCAGGACCCCACACUGAGUACAUGGAACUCACAGCUGAGCCUGCAAUUGUGGCCCAGCUCUGUGAGGUGCUGGGGGCUGAGGGCCUGGGGGCUGGAGGUGUGGCUGCUGUGCUGUGUCCACUGGGGCUGCAGGAAGUAGCUAGUUUUGUGACUAAGCGGAGUGCCUGGAAGCUGGUGCCCUUGGGGGCUGAGGAGCUGCCACUCUGGGUGCACCUGGACACAGCUGACUUUGGCUAUGCUGUGGGUGAGGUGGAGGCCUUGGUACAUGAGGAGGCUGAAGUGCCAGCUGCCUUGGAGAAGAUCCACAGCCUCAGCAGCCUUCUUGGUGAGGGAAACAGGCCCCUCUGUGCUUUCCCUGCUCCCCACUUUCCUCUUUUGGAUUCACUCAUUACACCAUGUAGUGGGGGAGGGUCCCUGAGUUAUUUCUGUAAUGAGAAUUGUUUUAGCCAUUUUCUAGAGGACCUAGUUGGUUUAGGGUUGACUAUCAAAUCUGGUUUCCUCUGCUUUUAUAGUAGCUGUCCAACUGGAUUUAAUCCUUCCACGUGUCUCUAGUCUUUAUCCCAGGCUUUAUGGCUCAUCGAGUUCUCAGUCGAAUAUCUCUAGCCACUGCAGGUCUCCUUCAGUUCCAUUUGUCAGGUCUCUGUCCAUUCCUGCUUCAGUCCUUCCUUCAUCCCCCUCCCCAGCCCCCGUCCUCUCAUUUUCACAACUACCUAGAUCCUCAUUUAAUUAGGUCUAUUGGCUUUGAGUAAAAUAUAAGAAUGUUGGUAAACUUUGGCAGGUUUUUCUUUUCCUAAGCUUAGCUCCCUUAUAGACAGUUCAUCCACACAAGUAUAAGGUCGUGCAUCCCACAGGGCCUCACAGCCAUGGAAUGCUCUUCUCACCUUCUCAGCAAACACACUGAAUUUCCGGCUAUAUGCCCAGCAUGCUGCCAGGUACUGACAACCAACACUGGCAAUGGGCGGCACCACACCAGAUGGAGGGCAGAUUCUAGGUGGACCCUGCGCCGUGGGAAUAGCUUCCUCUAGUGUUUUUUCUGCAUCCCUUGGUUUCUCUGUGUGGGCAUCUCUGCAUGGGCUUCAUUACAAAGCUAAUGAGCUUUGGCCUGCCUAGAUGGGCUUUAAUCUUGAUUGAGGGACAGAAACAAUAACUGAAAUGAGGCACUCUCUGCCUUCAUGACACCUUGGGUGCCUGUUCAUCAUUUCUCCUUGGCUGGAGAAGCUCAUGCUUGCUUCCCAGCUACACUUCUGCCUAAACUGGCCCUUUUAGCCCCCAGUUCCACAGGCCAGUAAGGGAGUGGGUUAUGGAAGCUGUUGGGUGGCACUCAGAAUCCCUGUGCUGCCUCAGUAACUCUGGGGUCCUGGCUGGGUGUGCAGGAAGCACAGUCAAAGCAUUUGAAUCUGCCUGGCUCUCUCCUUACUGUCCUUUUGCCUGUAGGUGUGCCAGCACAGGAGAAGCCACCUGCCAAGCUGAUGGUGUACCUGCAGUGCUUCCGGCCUCAGGACUAUCAACUCCUGCUAGAAGAGAACAGCUCCAGAGAGAAGCCACGGGACUAAACA